AAAUAAUGAGGUGUUAAGCUGAAAACAAGACUCUAUAGAGGAAAUAUGAAACCAGUUCUUUUAAGUUCAGUGAGGCUUAAUUCAGCUGAAAGAGCAUACUUAAUCUAGUUUUAUUGUCAACUCCCUAACAAUUCAAGUCUUCGAAAACGGAGAUAUGUGUGCGCUAUUCUUCGAGUGUGAACUUUCGAGAAACUUGCAACGAGUUUGCAAAUGUAGUAAAAUUAACAUACAAAGUCGUUAAAGACUUUAGUACGGAUUUAGUCUUUAGUGUAUCUUUGACGACCAACAACGGUAACACCGCAAACGUAAAUACUGAAAUGAAAUUCACAUUGAUUUUGCUUUUUGUCGUUGCAGCUGUGGCCAAUGCAAAGUUUGAGGUGCGGAAUAAGGAAGAUGCAUUGAAAGCACAUGAAGAAUGUCUUGAAGACAAUACAGUCCCUGAUGAGAUCUAUGAAAAAUUUUUGAAUUAUGAAUUUCCCGAACAUAAGCGCACCAAUUGCUACAUAAAAUGCUUUGUCGAAAAAAUGGGUUUGUUUACUGAGCUCAAAGGCUUUGAUGAGAACGCAAUCAUAACACAAUUCACAUAUAAAAACUUUAAGAAUCUAGAAUCAGUACGUCAUGGACUCGAGAAGUGUAUUGAUCAUAAUGAAUGGGAAUCAGAUACCUGCACUUGGGCAAACCGUGUAUUCUCGUGUUGGUUGAAAAUAAAUCGUCAUGUUGUGCGUAAAAUCUAUGGUGAUGCUUAAAUUUUUAAGUUAAAAUAUAUAAACAAAAAAAAAAAAAUUAAUUAUAUAGUGGUAGACAUAUGUGCUAAUAAUAAAAACACUCUAUCAACUGAAUGUGAUAUUUUCUAAUUCAAUUAAAAUAAACUUGAAUGCAUAGAG